CCAGAAACACUACUUUUGUGACGACGACUAGCCUGCCAGGUCUGGCACAGAACUUGGGAACGAUUAGGUCGGGAUGGUCAUAUAGAAAGACACUCGCGCUGAUCUUGAGUGAAGAUCACUCAGCUGUUCGGGCUCCAGGAGAUCGAACUCAACGCAACGGUCGACGGUGUGUGGAUUUUCUCCAGGUGGGCUUUCUUCUACUGUGGUAAGAUCUGCUGGUGGAUCUUUGGUUUUUGGAGAAACCGGUGGUGGAGUGAGGUGAACUGAGUGUGCUGGAGUACUCGCAUUCCCCGCGCGGUAAGUUGCAGCAACCAGCCGCAGAGCAGAUCGCGUUAGUCACCUGUGAACGUUUGAGUCUGACGCACCGUUCGUCCGACAACCGGGACUGAGUGAAGAUUGGUGAAGAUCUAGAUCCUCGAGUGCGGAGAAAAAGAGAGUGCGCGCGCGGCCUAGAGGUUUUGGACAAUUCGAAAACGGGAUCCGAGCCCAAUUAGUGUCGUUUUGCUGUUUUGCUUCGCUUUCGCGGUUUCAAGUGUGAUCGAGGAAACCGUGUUUUAGGAUUGAACCCGUCGUCCGUGGUUCGAAGGAUGGUUAAACAGUAAGAGAUUUACCAUUUUUUAAUUGUGCGAUACCCGCGGGUGAUGAUUGUCAGUGAGAGUGGCGGUUAUUCUUAACACUUGAUGCGCCAAAGUGGUUUGCCACAGGAAGAGAAGUGUGCUUAUGAGCCGAAGAAGUUCCGUUAGAUUUUUGCGCCGUUGAAGAACGUGCGUUCGAGAGCGCGUGAUCGUCGUGGGACGUGAAUGUGAAUAAGUGCGUCGAGAGAAAUGUUAUAAUUUUUGUUCACGUUUUGAUGAUUCAAUUUCUGCGUUGCUAACCUUGACGGAAGGGUGGAAAAAUUCGUAACCAAAUUGAACACAGCCAAGCCGUUGGUUCGCUGAUUGCACCGCGAAAUUGACCAUACACGAUUAAAAGGCAACAGAAGUAGGGAAUCAAAUAUCUGUGCUAAGACAAAUUGCUCCGACCAGAUCAGUGAUCGAGAUAAUACGAUAAUUUCGGGAAAUUGUUUUGAUGAAGCGUUUACAUCUGUGCAAGAAGCGAUUGUGAAUUUGCUGGGAGCUGACCCACUUUGUGGCCCAUUUUCCACCGUGUACUUGCAAGCAUAAUAGAGAUCCACUCCGAGUGAAACAGAGUGCGACUAAAACAUACGGCUGACGGCGACGGUUCGGACGAAGACCCCUUCGAAGGAAGAAAGAGAAAAGAUGAUGAUAAAAAUACCUAGUGGAAAAAAUUAAAUCGCAUCUAAAACAAGUGAUUAAGAGGCUAACAGUAAAAUUGGAAAAACGACGUGUGGAGAUCCCCUUCGAAACACACACACACACACACACAUACAGGCGGGAAAAGUGAGGUCGAAAAAAUACGGUCGUGAUUGAAGUGUCUCAGAAGCUGGUGAAUGUGCCAAAAAGUGAUCUGUUUAGCAAAAAAGAAAAAUCGGAUGAACAUCUGCAAAUCGACCCGCGAUCGGAGCAGGAGCAGUAGCAGAAGCAACAACAUUGGCAGCAAUUGAGGUUCAACUAUUCAUGACAAGUGUGACACCGGAACGGAUUUGAAUGCACGUCAGGAAAUGACAAAAACUAAUCAAGCGAAAGAUAAAUCUACUAAACCCGGAGCGUUUAAACCAAAAUGACAAUAAAAUUGCACCCCGUCAGCAGCUACUUGUACAACAACUUCAUCAGCAUAACGACGAGUAGCAUCGGCAGCAGCGAUUAAGACAGAUACAAAGUCAGCCACGCGUUUCAGCCUCCCGGUUUGCGAUCAAGUCGCGAAAUAGAGCGCGAAAAAAGUCACGCAACAGCCAUACCAAAUCAAAUGCAGCACGCGCCAUCGGCAAAUCACGCCUCCCAGCUUAUCACUUUCCGAUGAGAUCCCCUGUCAGGUUGACCGAUCUCGGCAUAAUAUUUAUCAGUUAGUCGGCGCGGGCCGGUCGGAUUCAACAGUAGUUUUGUUCGGUUUGAUUGUUUUUUGGUUUGCUCACAACCACUGUGGGGGUGUGGCCGUUAGUUAGUUUGUAGUGUUGUUAUUUUCUUGUUUAUCAUUGGUUAACUAGUAUUUAAGGUCAGAUAACGAAAAUGUUCCAAGUCAAUCUAAGCUUGCUACUUGCGACGAUUUUGUUCGUCAGCUCGAGCAUGGCCCAGUGCCCCUGGCAGCGGGAGGUCCCCGAUCUGCAAACUUCAUGUCUAUGUGCCUAUAAUCUCGGACAGGAGCUGUCCGUGCAAUGUGAUCAAGUCGAUUUUCCCGUAUUAGUCGAAGCCUUAGAUAAGUACGCCCAGGCGACGCCGCUCGAUCUACUGUACGUCAACAACUCGACCAUCGAAAAGCUCGAAUCGAACGUCUUCGAGAAUCUCAAGCUGUACAACGUCCAGCUGAGCAGUUGCAAGAUCCGUAGAAUCGAAGAGUUUGCCUUCAAAGGCCAGGAAGAUAUCCUGAAGAAUCUGAACAUUCAGGACAACCUCCUGGAAGAGGUCCCGAUCAGAGCGCUUAAAAUUCUAAACAUUCUAAAUCUGCUGGACCUAUCCAAGAAUCGGAUACACACCAUUCCCAACGAUGCCUUCAACGGGUUGACGAAGCUGUCUACGCUCAAGCUGAGCGAUAACAAUGUAACCCUAGCUCCGUUCGCUUUCCGAGGAUUGGAGAACAGUUUGAAGAACCUCAAUCUGAAAGGUUCGAAACAGAAGCGAGUUCCGGAAGCAGUCCGCGGACUGAAGAUGCUCGCCUUCCUUGACCUAUCGCAGAAUGGUAUCCGCGAACUGCCAGGACCAUCUGGAAUGCGCACUUUCGAAGGCCUGGAAGCACUGACCGCGCUCAAUCUGGAGCGUAACGUUAUCCAAAGUCUGGGUGAGACUGCCUUUUCCGGUAUCCGGAAGACAUUGAGCUCGUUGAGCUUGCUGAACAAUCUACUAGCGGAGUUUCCCGUCGGUGCUAUCCACUCGUUGCGUGAGCUACGAGUGCUCGAUAUUGGUUUCAAUUUGCUAACUGCCUUGCCGGAAACGGCAUUCCGCGGCAAUCCCGCCGUCACACUGCUCGCCCUCGAUGGCAACCCCCUUCCGACAGUGCCUGAAAAAGCUCUGCUACAUCUGAAUCGAACCCUGCGAGGCCUAUCGCUGGGAGGACGAUUCCUUCACUGUGACUGCAAGCUCCGUUGGGUCGCCGAAUGGAUCCGGAAUGGUGAUUUACAGGUCACCUCCCGCGAACGUAACCCACAGUUCUGCGGGUCUCCGAACCGUUUCCGCGAUCGCGGAUUCUACUCGAUCCAACCGGAGGAACUAACCUGUCCGGACGCCGAAGUCAGUAUCGAAGGCCCUGUGGGCGUCGUUGAUUCGCUACUUCCAAAAACCACUUCGACCAGUCCACGACCAACCACUGUCCUUACCACUCUGCCUCCAACGUCACUUGCAACGAACACCACCCUCAUCAGUACCACUAUACUAUUAACGACAUCACCGACAACCACCCCGCUGUCUUCGUCGUCUUCCCAAGAAACACAACCACCGAGUACAACCACCGACAGUACCACGCUGACAACUACGACGCAGGCUACAACCAAACAGAGUACGACGGCGUCAGCAACGACCACCACUACCACCACCACCAAAGCCAGCGUAAAAAACAACUGGCGAAGCAACCAGAAUUCUCCUCCUCACAAACAACGACCACCACUGGUCUUGGGAUUCCCACCACAACGAGGCACUCAGAUCGAUGACUCCAAAGAGGUUCAAGUUAAAAAUGCUUUCAGUUCCCGCCAGGACAGCUCAGUCAUCAUCCAGUGGGACUCGGACACCGCCAACAUUCUAGGCUUCCGUGUUGUUUAUCGCCUGUUCGGCGAUAAGAACUUCAAACAGGGACCGCCACUAGAGGCCAGCGAGCGGGAGUUCAAGAUCAAGAACGUCCCCACGGCUGAGUGCAUCAUUGUGUGUGUCGUUUCGCUGGAGGAGAUCAACGUGUCGCCCGAUAGCGUGCCUUACACUCAGUGUCGCGAGGUGCGAACCGUCGCAUCGCCCGCAUCCAAUAUGGACAAAAUCACGAUCGCAGCCAGUGCUGCCAUUUGCGGAACCAUCUUCGUCGCCGUGAUCGUAUUCAUCGCUGCCAGCAGACGACGCUCGAAGCAGCUGCAGUCGCUGUCCCAGCAGAAGAGCGCCAUGCCGAUCGCCGGUUUGCCGGUCAACUGCUGCGGCCCGACGCCGAGCCCGAACGGACCACUCGGCUCCCUGGCCACCCUGUCCGCCUUCAACUCCCACAAGGAUUGGGAUCAAGUUUCAGCGUACAGUGGCCGUUCGAUUCCGCGACCCCGAAUCUACCCCAUGGAGAACCAAGCCAUUCCGGAUGACUUGCGUAGCCACGUGUCGCACUUCUCCGCCGUCGGUGGCAAGGUCGGCAAGGCACGGUCCAUUGCCGACGGUCAAUCGCAUCACAGCUACUCGAACCACUCGCAGCGGGGCUACCUGGGAUCGGCAUUCCCCAGCAACCUAGUGAACUCCCGACCAGAUCUUGCAUCCGCAGAACUGCGACAAUCGCGCCAAUCGUUGGCGGCCGCUUCGGAACGGAUGUCCCGGGCCUCCUACGCCGGAUCCAUCGUACACGGGGGCCCGGCGCACAGUAUAGCGUCCAGCACGCGCCGCACCCGGCCGAGAUCCCGCUCCCGCGACCAGCUGAACGGGGCCCACGUUCACACGCACCAGCAUCGUCCCGGCAGUCGCUACUCAACGGCGGGUUCGACGCACACCCUCAACAACUACUGCGACACGUCCGACAACUGGACCGACCACGACAUGGACAUCUACAUGGCUCGUAACCCGACAGCCCGGAACGGCGGUAUGGUGCCAUUAUGAGAGUCACUGCUCGCGUCCCCCUACUCCUGAUGCUACGACGACGUGAUGUUUGACACGGCCUACGGCCAUCGACCACCGCCACCGCCAUUCUGACAGCGACUGCCAGCGACGGUCCAGGAUCCGGCUUCGGCCGCGGAACUGGAUCCCCGCCGGUGGUGGUGCCGCUGUGAAAACGAACCGGAGUAUCAUCCAGCUCAUCAACCGCGCCGCGAGCAGCUCGUUGUUGAGCUGGAAGAGGAGGAAUUGGAACCGCCGCCGGACUACGAGUCGGACGAUCCGUCCCGGCCGUCGCUGGUGGUGGAAUUGAGCAACACGUCGUCGUCGUCUGGUGUCUACCACCAGACCAGCAACAACAACAGCAACAACAACAACAUUAACCAAGUGAGUUCUACCGUUUCCACCUUGGGAACGGGAACGGAGCCCGGUCAGGAGACCAGCUUCGUCGAGUGGGAAAACUAUCGGAAUCGAUUAAGGGAAAACCUACAGUGCUAAGCGUGUGAGUGUGUGUGUGAGUGUGAUAACCGCAACGAAGACUAGUUUUGGGUGAAAUUGGAUAUAUUCCGAUUGACUCGUUUCUUGUUUUCCCCCAGAAAAAUGGCACGUGCCAAACCGAAUGCGACGAAAAACAAGUAACGAAAACGUAUUAGAAAGAGAGAGAAAGAGAGUAUAUUUUUAUUACAAUUUUUAAAUUUAGUCUAGUGUAAGCGAGGUGCGAGGAAAAUUUACGAAAAACGUGAAGUGAAAGUCACCAGGGAGUUCAUCAUCUCAUUCAGCCGUAUGGGGAUGUACAUGUGCAAUGUGUGCUAUUUAUCUUGAUCGUUUUUCUCUUCGAAGGUAGCACCUGGGCGGCUGCGGGGAUGGAAAAUGGGUUGUUCAAUAUCUUCAUAAUUUUCCGAGUGUGUACGAGCGUCAGAAUUCCAUAACCCAACAACAGGAGAAAGAAGAAAAAAAAAAUGCUGUCUGGUUUCACAACAUCGUCCAUUCCGGGAUGAUGAUGAAGGGAAAAAUGUGUAUUUUAUAGCUUUUUAGAGAAAUUUUUAUAGUCGUUUAGAUAAAAGGAAAAAAACAACAUUCGCGAUGGCGAAUAUGUGGUGAGAGUGGGGAGAGUGCGGCGGUUGAUGAAUAGAUGAGUGGAUGCACUAGGCUGGUUUCGGGAAUUUGAGUUCUAGAUGUGAUUUGAGUGAUUCGUCAUCGCCCUUCCUUGAAAGUAAAAAUUAUCAAUAUUUCCAUGAAAUCUUAUACUCUCUAUAAAGUGUUGCGAUUUUUUCACAUCAAGUCAAUUUUAACGCUCAGAAUUAUUCAUUAAUGAACUCCCUAAGUAGAACAUUUGCCACACAAUUAUCGUGUUGACUUUUAAGUAACUAAACUCAGGCGCACUCAAGUUGCUGCAGCUUGUUGUUACUUUGGCACAAUUUAUGAUUAGAAAAGUAACAUUUGAUCAUCAAGUAAGAUGCAGCAACUUUGUAGUAACUGAAACUAGUUGCUGUCAAGCUACCACAACCAGUUUGCAACUUUCUAACUUUGCAGUUCAUUAAUUCCUGGAGGAAUCACCCAAGCAAGUUUAUUCCGUUCAACUUUCCGAAUCAGCCUAGUGGCUUGAGUGUGAGUUUUAUUUCCAUAAAAAAAAAUUUCAACAUAAAACCAUUACUCGGCAAAACCCGAUCAGGCGUCAAAAUAUUUCAUCGAGUUGCGCUGGCUGUCAUAUAAAAUAGGAAAAAAAUUAUCGCAAAAAAUACUCCACUUUGAUCCCACCAUAACCACCACCAUCGAAAAACUUCAAACACAUACAGCAUUUUUACGGUUUUGCUCAUCCGACCGGCAUUUUGAAAUCUACUGACAAGGGAAAAAAAAGAUCCACAAAUGCCACCAAAUAUUGACGCCGUUCACAGUUGCCGCAACUGUGGAAUUAUUAAUUUAUAUGACAACAACAAUAACGCAAACGACAGUCAAAUUCAAAUAUAGAGACAGAGUAAAACAUAUCACACUCGAUGGCGGUGAGGCAGGCGUGAAAAAUUGAAACAAGCAAAUUCAUUGCUGCGACCCAAUCCAACACAAAAGAAGGGAAUUACAAUUAUUGACAUUUAUGCGGUAAUAGCCCGAUAAAGAGUGCACCGUUUUUUUUUUUGUUUUAUCAAAAUAGACACACCGAAUGAACGAACAAAUGAAUGCAAAAUCAAAAACCCAUAAAGCUUGGCCGGCGCAAAAUCCUGUAAAUAUCAAUUAAAGUUAGGUAGAAUGCGAAAUGAACGCAGUCCCAUAACGUGAAUAUUAAAUCGCUAAUAAAUAAAUAAACACGCGACUCGCUAGGACUGCGGUACAUGAUAGUAAUAACAAUGGCAAACAAUAGAUCGGGUCGUUGAAGCUGAUGUUCGGUGCACCCUCGGGAUUGUGCUGCGACACAAUAAUGGAACGUUCAAUGCAAAAUACAUAGGACAUAGGACUGGAGCGGAAAACACAUGCUUUUGUCGGGACUGGAGUUUGUUGCGAAAAAUGCGAUUUGAUUGAAUUUGAAUCCGCAAGCCGUUUACCGGAAAUUGGUUUUUGGGGAUGGAGGCGGACGGGGGUCGUAUGCACUAUUGCGGGCAAAGGUGUGUGCCGUAUGGGGAUUUCACGUUACUAAAGUGGAAUCCAUUCAAAACGUCAAAACUGCUGUCAAAUGCAAUUAAAGAUAUUUCAAUCUGACGGAUAAGUGCCCAUUACGUAGAAGUCGGAUGUAACUUCCUUUAGAGGUGGAAUUACGGGUUUCGUUCGAAUGGAUCAGUUCGAAGUAGUGGAUCGACAGACGAAUUGAGCACAUGAAGUGCUAUUUAGACGAUGUUUCAAAGCCGUGUAGUUUUGUCAAAAUAUUGGUAUCACUCAUCGAUGGAUCUGAGAUUUGCUUCAUUAACCUUUUCCUUCCCAGACGGUUUUUCGUUGUUUUGAGAUCUGAAAAUUUGUUUUGAAAAAAGCGG